GAAUGGAUGGUCCUAGUGAAGAGCCUGGCCCUGUUCUGGCUGUGGCCCCUCACGUGGAGUGACUUCGUCGGGGAAGUGCGGUUGGACCUGGAGCUCAGCGCUCGCUGUGCGGACUCGUCCGUGGUAGUCCUACUGCAUCCUGGCUGCGAUCCCUCCCCAUCCUUCCCGGCGGUCAUCCUCCAAAGCGAUCCCAUCUCCGGCAAUGCCACAGUGGUCUAUGGGUGGAGUUCAGACGGGCAGGAGGCCUGGACAAGAGCAACCCUGGUGCCGAUGGCAGGAGCCACAGCUUACGACUGCCUGCAGGAGGACUGGCAGCCAGACGGCGAGAGAGGGCGGGGCUACGACUUCCUGCCGACCUGUCCUGGUUUCCCCUGCGUCACAGGCUGCUUGGUUUCGUCGCCGGAGGCCUGUGAUGGCCGAACCCGUCUGGAGCAGGGUGAGAACUGCAGCGUGCCCUGCGAGAAAGAAGGCUUGAUGAACCUCACCUGUGAUGGCCUUGCCUGGCCCGAGCUCCGCAGUACUGUCUGCACGGCCGAAGUCAUCUUCUGCGACGAGCUGAAUGGCACUUCACCGGAGGUGCCCUGCGAAAGCCGCGCCUUGGAGAAAACUUCUCAGAACUGGGAGGCCCAUUGUGCUGAAGGUCCUCUGCAACAGCAUCCUACAUCGUGGCGGCUUCGGUAG